CUGUCUCUGUGUCUGUGUCUGUCUCUCUGUGUGUCUGUCUCUGUCUCUGUCUCUGUGUCUGUCUCUCUGUGUGUCUGUCUCUCUGUGUGUCUGUCUGUCCCUGUCCCUGUCUCUGUCUCUGUGUGUGUGUGUGUGUGUGUGCUGUAAGUACUCACUGUGUGAUCUGAUAAUCGGACUGUUCAACUAAUCAAUUAUUUUAUUAAUUAUUCGCGCGUGAAUCGGAAUCGAUUUAACCGCGCGCGUGGAUCAGCUCAUUGUGUUACGAUGUCGAGUCGAGGAGGGAAGAAGAAGUUGACAAAGACGUCUCGCUCAGUGAGAGCAGGAGUGAUUUUCCCUGUAGGCCGAAUGCUGAGGUACAUCAAACACAACCUCCCCAAGUACCGGAUCGGGGUCGGUGCUCCUGUUUACCUCGCUGCAGUGCUGGAGUAUCUCACAGCUGAAAUUUUGGAGUUGGCCGGUAACGCAGCUCGUGACAAUAAGAAAGGUCGAGUGACUCCACGUCACAUCCUGCUGGCCAUCGCUAAUGAUGAGGAGCUCAAUCAGUUGCUGAAAAGUGUGACAAUCGCUGCAGGAGGAGUUUUACCCAACAUCCACCCUGAGCUGCUUGCCAAAAAGCGAGGAUCUAAAGGUAAACUGGAGGUUGUGGCGUCGCCUCCACCUGCCAAGAGCAAAACUAACAAAAAAACACCAACUGCCAGAAAACCCCCCAGCAAAAAGUCCCCCAGAUUGAAGAGGCGUGAUGGCAGUAAAGCAGUUGGUGCAGACAGCACCACUGACUGUCCGUCUGAUGGCUUCACCAUUUUGUCGUCUAAGAGCCUCUUCCUGGGACAGAAGCUUCAAGUCGUACAAGCUGAUAUUUCCUCCAUCAACAGUGACGCUGUCGUUCAUCCCACCAACUCCACCUUCCACACAGGUGGAGAAGUAGGGAGUGCGCUGGAGAAGAAGGCAGGAAAGGAGUUUGGUGAAGCCGUGUUGGAGCUGCGCAAGAAGAACGGCCCGCUGGACGUGGCUGGAGCGGCAAUGACGUCAGGUUAUGGCCUUCCAGCAAAGUUUGUGAUCCACUGUAACAGUCCUGGCUGGGGCUCGGAUAAGUGCGAGGAGCUGCUGGAUAAAACCGUGAAGAACUGCCUUGCUCUGGCUGAUGAAAAGAAGCUCAGAUCUGUGGCGUUUCCCUCCAUUGGCAGUGGCAGGAACAAUUUUCCGAAGCAGACGGCUGCUCAGCUGAUCCUGAAAGCUAUCAGCAGCUACUUCACAUCCACCAUGUCGUCCUCGAUCAAGACAAUCUAUUUCGUCUUGUUUGACAGUGAGAGCAUCGGCAUCUACGUCCAGGAAAUGGCCAAACUGGACACCAAAUAAAUUUAUAUCCAUUUGUUUUUAUACACAUUAGAGUCGCAGGUAUGCUGAUGAUGUCAUGUGAAAAAUGUUCAGUUCCCUCUGGAUGUAAACAUUUUUCAAACAAAAAUACAGAUAGAAUAAAAUUCCUGAUGUUUUUCUGCACCACUGAAUUUAAAUGUCAUGCUGAUUUGUUUCACAGGAAAAUUUAAUGAAUCACUUUUAUCUUAGUGUGUGCAGACUGUGGAGUUCCCUCGUUGAUGAUUUGUCUGUAACACUUAGUUAAUUAAUUGCUUAUUAAACCUGCCAAAUGAGUAUAAAUUACUACCAUUAUUUUUACACAUUUUAUAAUACUACAUGUAAAGUCAUGACUUUAUCUGGGACGUUUAGAUGUUUAUUGAGUUUCUUUUAUGUUGAGAUGAUGGAUGAGUGUGUUUGUGUUUUCUUAUCUCACUGCAGGUCUGUACACAUUAUCUGUCUCUCUCUGAUAUUCUGAUUUGCGCAGACUUCUUAACAAAUAAACAAGUUAUUUCUUCUGCAAUACUAUAAACCUUUAAAUAUUAUUAAAGUGUUUACAUUCAUAUUAUUUUUAUUCCGAUACUGUGCAACAGAAAGUAAGGAGAGUAAUACAUUUGGUCUAAAGCAGUGUGUGGGGGUUUGGGGGGGGUUUGUAGAUGGUACAUUCUGGUGGGCAUUUGGAAAGUGUGUGAUACACAAUUUUGUGUUAGUGACAAAGAAACAUAUCUUUAAUUCUCCUUCUUUCUGAUCCUUUCCCUGAUGUGCAUCACUCACAUUAAGUAUAACUGUAAAAUACAAAAACAUCUAAAAUGUAUGACAGAUGGUUUAAUAAAAUAUCACCCUGUGAUUAA